AUGGAGAAAAGACCAAGCACUGAACCGCAGAAUCCCGAGAAGCCAGGGUCUGCUUCAGAUCAUAACAAUAGUAUGAUCACAGCGGUAAGCGCUGAUAGAGAUACAGAGAAAUCGUCAAGUCCAGUUACAAGUCCAAUGAUCCAUAGAAGGGAAAUCAUGGGUGUUAACAAGAACGCUGAGACUAGGUUCAAUGAAGCUGUUUCUUCAAAGUCAAAAGAAUUGAUCUCAUUAAUGAAUGAAAUUGUGCAAAUGACUGAAUUAAAAGAUCAAACUUUACAAAUUUUUGUUGAUGAACAAGGGGGAAAUAUCCAGAAAAAGAAGUUUGAUUGGAGGGCUUUAGUGGAAAUGUCUGAAUCUAUCUUCAAUGAUUAUUCUAAAGAUAUGGAAAACAUUACCAAAGAAUUUGAUGAAUUGAAUAAAGAGCUAUUGAUUUGGCAAGAGUCUGCUUAUAUUUUGGAUAGUGAAAAAGUUGCAAAAAGACUUGGGAAUCAGAAAGAAUGGAUAAAUUCCAAAGAGGCUUACUUAAACCAUACAAGAAAUGAACUUGUCAAAUCAGCCCAAUUGAUUGAUAAUGCAAUCAAGAAUCUAAAACAGGAUGGUGGUAAUAAAAGUGACAAACCAGCCACAUAA